AAAAACCGGCCCCGACCGGCCGACCCGACCCUCUCGAUCGCUCCCUCCCCGUCAUCCACCUCUCGUCAGAAGAACCCUCCCUCUCCGCCCUCCGCCGCCGCCGCCGCCGCCGCCAAUCGCAGCGCAGCCGCCUCGCCUCCGUCGAGCUCGUCCGCGGAGAAGUUGGCCUAGCCGCGGUCGCACGAGAAUAUGCUCGACAUCAACCUCUUCCGCAAGGAGAAGGGCGGCGACCCUGAGCUCGUCCGCCAGUCGCAGCGCAGCCGCUUCGCCCCCGUCGAGCUCGUCGACGAGGUCAUCGUCCUCGACGAGGCGUGGCGCCAGAGGCAGUUCGAGCUCGACAAGAUCCGGCAGGAGCUCAACAAAACCAGCAAGGAGAUCGGCAAGCUCAAGGCCAAAAAGCAGGAUGCGACGGAGCUGAUACAGAGCACGGAGGAGAUUAAGAAGAGGCUGGCCGCCAAGGAGACGGACGUGCAGGAGGCCAAGACCACCCUCGAUGCCAAGCUAGUUACCAUCGGCAACCUCGUGCAUGAAUCUGUGCCCAUCAGCAACGACGAGGCAAACAAUGCUAUUGUGCGGACAUGGGGCGAGAAGAGACUGGAGGAGAAAUUGAAGAAUCAUGUGGAUCUUUGCAUAAUGCUUGACAUCGUAUCUUUGGAUAAGGGUGCUGAUGUAGCUGGUGGAAGAGGUUUCUUUUUGAAGGGUGACGGUGUUCUCCUGAACCAGGCGUUGAUAAAUUUUGGGCUAUCAUUCCUGGGAAAACGAGAAUUUACACCAAUGCAAACUCCUUUUUUCAUGAGAAAGGAGAUCAUGGCAAAAUGUGCCCAGUUGGCCCAAUUUGAUGAGGAGCUCUACAAAGUAACAGGUGACGGAGAGGAUAAGUAUCUCAUAGCAACAUCGGAGCAACCGCUAUGUGCUUAUCAUCUAGGUGAUCGAAUUUAUCCUGCAGAUUUGCCUAUCAGAUAUGCUGGGUUCUCCACGUGCUUCCGGAAAGAAGCUGGUUCACACGGGAGGGACACAGCUGGCAUCUUCAGAGUCCACCAGUUUGAAAAGAUCGAGCAGUUCUGCGCCACAGGUCCAAAUGACAAUGUAUCCUGGGAAAUGCAUGAGGAGAUGAUUAAAAAUGCAGAAGAUUUUUAUCAGGCGAUUGGGCUACCAUAUCAACUAGUUUCAAUUGUCUCUGGUGCUCUUAAUGAUGCUGCAGCUAAGAAGUAUGAUUUGGAAGCAUGGUUCCCUGCAUCAAAAACCUUCCGAGAAUUAGUGUCCUGUUCAAAUUGCACAGAUUAUCAGGCAAGGAGACUUGGAAUAGGCUAUGGCCAGAAAAAGAAUGAUGAGCAAUCGAAGCAGUUCGUUCAUAUGUUGAAUUCCACGCUGACUGCAACUGAGAGGACACUUUGCUGUAUUCUGGAGAACUACCAGCGGGAAGGUGGUGUUGAAGUGCCAGAGGUGUUGCGGCCAUUCAUGCUUGGAAUAGAUUUCCUUCCUUUCAAGCGGCCUCUUGUUGAUAGCAAACAAGCUGCUGCUGACUCCAAACCCAAUAAGUCUAAACCAAAGGGAAAUGCAGCUUGAACUGAAAAUUGUUUCCAGGCAGAUAAUGAUGCACCCUUCCUUUUAUUAAUUUCAAGAAUGGUCUGUAGCAUGAUGAUGAUUUGGUCUCCCAUUUUGGAUGGUUUUGGUUACGAAGUAUUGCAAUCCAGGACACAUAAUUUACCGCAAAGUAUAUUAGUGUUUUUCAUGACUA